CGGGUCACAUUUUGUCCACAUGUCCAACCCUCCAGAAGACUUGAGCACUUCGGGGAACAAACGGGUUUCCUUUUUUUCAUGAGAGCCCGUUUACCUUCAGUCUGUCUGCUGGGCGGAGGGAGUCAGGAGUUUGUUCACGGAGAAACCUAUUGAUUUUUUACGCUCAUGGCAGUUCAGAAAACAUAAAAAACAAUAGUCUGGAGUGUGGAAGGGAACGAUUUUUUAAAAAGACGCCCGUUUAAUUUAUGCAUUUGAGGGCGACGGUCAUGGAUAAGGAAAGGUGGUCCACAAGAUGGAAAACGAAAAAGUGUCUCAGGAACUCCGUUAUCACCGCUAUCAUCAGUCUAACAGUAAUCCUACAGGCAGCACAUGUGAGAGCAGCUGAACCAGUAGAUGUGCUCAAGGUCUUAGACUUUAAAAGUUCACCUGAAGGAAUAAAGAAAACGCAAGGCUUCUGCACCAUCCGGAGAGGAUCCAAACCAGAUGUUGCCUACCGAGUGGACAAACGGGCUCAACUUAGUACCCCAACCAAACAGCUUUUCCCAGGAGCCGUCCCUCAGGAUUUCUCCAUCCUUAUGACCAUAAAGCCGAAGGUGGGAGUGCAGUCCUUCCUGUUGUCAGUAUACAACGAGCAGGGCAUCCAGCAGCUGGGUGUGGAGGUGGGCCGCUCUCCGGUCUUCCAGUAUGAGGAUCAGCAUGGGAAACCAGCUCCAGAGGAUUACCCCCUGUUCCGUGCCAUCAACCUCGCAGAUGGAAAAUGGCAUCGUGUUGCUAUUAGCAUAGAGAAGAAGACCGUCACCAUGAUUGUGGACUGCAAAAAGAAAAUCACUAAGCCACUCAGCAGAAGUGACCACGCAAUCAUUGAUACCAAUGGCAUCACUGUCUUCGGCACCAGAAUCCUGGACGAGAAUGUUUUUGAGGGUGACAUCCAGCAGUUCCUUUUGGUUGCGGACCCUCGUGCAGCCUACGACUACUGUGAGCACUACAGCCCUGACUGCGAAACCCCUCACCAGAACAAACCACAGGCCCAGGAACCUGAGGAGGAGUACAAUCCAGAAUACACCGAUUAUAAUGAGUUCUACGACUACACAGACGAAUCAACUACCACUGAUGUUCCCGCUGAGAAGGUCAAAACUGAUACCAAGCCCAGCACUACUGAUGCUGACUACUAUGUUGACUAUGGCACUGAAGCCCCUGCCAUCUCUCAUCCUUCUAAUGAGAAUCCAGAAAACAAGGAGGAAAUAGUGGAUGACUACAUUACAGGAAUGGAAGAAGUUGGAGUGGAUCCAACUCUUCCUCCCAAUGAGAAUGUGGACAUCGUUGAGUCCAAAAGCACAAAUGGCGGAGACGCUCAGGACUUUAAGCAGUACGACAUAAACGAAUACGAUGCGAAAGAGUUAGACCCCAACCAUUAUGAUGAUCCGUUCUAUGACUACAAUACGAAUGAAGCCAAACCCACCGGUUCUACCUACGAGGAUGAGUUUGGACCUGGCAAACCUGCUGAAACAGAGGUCACAGAAAGCAAUGUUGGUGGUGGCUAUGGUGGUGAGAAGGGACAAAAAGGUGAACCUGCAGUCAUUGAGCCGGGGAUGCUUAUAGAGGGACCCCCAGGACCACCAGGGCCCGCUGGCCUCCCGGGCACUCCAGGUAUACAAGGCUCCCCAGGCGCCCAUGGAGAUCCUGGUGAUAGGGGGCCUCCUGGUCGUCCCGGUUUGCCAGGCGCAGAUGGAGCUCCAGGGCCCUCUGGCACCAUCCUCAUGUUACCGUUUCGGGCUGGUGGAGAAGCUAUGAAAGGUCCAGUGGUGACAGCACAAGAAGCUCAGGCCCAAGCCAUCCUUGCCCAGGCCAGGCUGACCAUGAGGGGGGCACCUGGUCCAGUGGGACUGACAGGACGAUCGGGCCCUGUGGGUGGUCCUGGCGCACCUGGUGCUAAAGGAGACAGUGGAGAUCCUGGCCCACAGGGACCAAGAGGACUUCAGGGCUCUAUGGGACCACCUGGAAAAGCAGGCAAGAGGGGCCGAAAUGGAGCCGACGGAGCCAGAGGAAUCCCUGGUGAAUCUGGAGGCAAGGGGGACCGAGGAUUUGAUGGACUUCCUGGUCUACCUGGCGAGAAAGGACACAGGGGUGAGGCGGGUCCCAUCGGUCUACCAGGCCCUCCAGGAGAGGACGGACCAAGGGGUGAGGAUGGUGAGAUCGGACAGAGGGGAAUGGCGGGUGAAAGUGGUCCAAGAGGACUGCUCGGCCCAAGAGGAUCUCCUGGUACCCCUGGACAGCGUGGUCUUCCUGGAUUGGAUGGACAAGCUGGCCCUAAGGGAAAUAUGGGUCCUCAAGGAGAGCCUGGACCCCCUGGGCAACAGGGUAACCCCGGUCCUCAUGGUCUGCCUGGUCCUCAAGGCCCAAUUGGUCCACCUGGAGAGAAAGGUCCCAGUGGAAAACAGGGGCUUGCUGGGCUGGCUGGGGCAGAUGGGCCUCCUGGUCAUCCUGGAAAAGAGGGUCCUCCCGGGGAAAAAGGAGCAGCUGGCCACCCAGGUCCCCAGGGGUCCAUUGGCUAUCCUGGCCCCCGAGGUGUAAAGGGUGCAGAGGGCGUUCGUGGCUUGAAGGGCGGCAAAGGUGAAAAGGGAGAGGAUGGUCAUCCUGGGUUCAAAGGUGACAUGGGUCUCAAGGGUGACAAGGGAGAGGUUGGUGUGGUGGGCCUCAGAGGAGAAGAUGGACCUGAGGGGCCGAAGGGAAAAUCGGGUCCCAGUGGAGAGACUGGACCCAUGGGCACGGCUGGAGAAAAGGGAAAACUUGGGGUUCCAGGAUUGCCUGGCUACCCAGGAAGACAAGGUCCUAAAGGCUCUAAUGGCUUCCUUGGAUUAGCUGGAGCCAAUGGAGAGAAGGGAGGAAGGGGCAUUGCUGGCAAAGCAGGUCCAAGAGGACAACGAGGUCCAACGGGUCCCCGUGGUGGAAGAGGUGCCAGAGGUCCAACAGGAAAACCUGGAGCAAAGGGGACAUCAGGAAAUGAUGGACCACCUGGUGGUCCCGGAGAGAGAGGACCCCAAGGACCUCAAGGUCCUGUUGGAUUAGCAGGCCCUAAAGGCCCACCUGGACCUCCUGGAAAAGAUGGAUUGCCCGGUCACCCUGGACAGAGAGGAGAGACAGGUUUCCAAGGAAAGACCGGACCUCCUGGACCUGGGGGUGUUGUUGGGCCACAGGGCCCUACAGGAGAAACUGGUCCUGUUGGAGAGCGAGGCCAUCCUGGAUCACCAGGGCCCCCUGGAGAGCAAGGUCUUCCUGGAGCUGCUGGCAAAGAAGGUGGAAAGGGUGAUCCAGGCCCUCAGGGGGUUGGUGGAAAACCUGGUCCGGCCGGUUUGAAAGGGUUUCCAGGACAAAGGGGUCUUCCUGGUACACCGGGUUCAUCUGGCCUGAAGGGAGGAGAGGGUCCACAGGGUCUACCCGGCCCCAAUGGUUCUCCAGGAGAGAGAGGAGGAGCUGGACCAGGCGGACCUAUUGGCCUAACAGGGCGCAAUGGCCCUCAGGGACCCCCAGGACCCGCUGGAGAGAAAGGUGGUCCGGGUGAGAAAGGACCUACUGGUCCCGCUGGCAGAGAUGGCAUCCAAGGCCCGGUCGGUCUUCCGGGAUCAGCUGGACCUCAGGGUCAACCUGGAGAGGAUGGUGACAAGGGAGAGGUCGGUGAGCCGGGUCAAAAGGGAAGCAAAGGUGACAAAGGCGAACACGGUCCCCCAGGUCCAACAGGUCCUCAGGGUGUCAUUGGAGCUCCAGGACCUGCUGGAAGUGAUGGAGAGGCCGGUCCCAGAGGUCAGCAGGGAAUGUUCGGGCAGAAGGGAGAUGAGGGCCCUCGUGGUUUCCCGGGUCUUCCAGGUCCGGUCGGACUCCAGGGUUUGCCAGGCCCGCCAGGUGAGAAGGGAGAAAAUGGAGAUGUUGGCCCAAUGGGUCCACCUGGUCCUCCGGGUCCCAGAGGUCCUCAAGGCUCUAGCGGAGCAGAUGGUGCUCCUGGUCCUCCUGGAGGUAUCGGUUCAAUGGGUGGAAAUGGCGAAAAGGGUGAAACUGGUGAGGCAGGUAACCCAGGACCACCCGGAGAGCACGGUCCAGGAGGACCCAAAGGUGAGGUUGGGGAGAAAGGAGAAGCUGGACCUCCUGGAGCUGCAGGACCUGCCGGUGCAAAAGGACCACCUGGAGAUGACGGCCCUAAAGGAAACCCAGGACCUAUUGGAUUCCCUGGAGAUCCAGGCCCCCCUGGUGAGCCUGGUGUUGGUGGACUCGAUGGCCUUCCUGGAGACAAGGGAGAUGAUGGAGAGGCCGGUCAGCCCGGUCCACCUGGUCCAUCUGGUGAAGCUGGUCCUCCAGGACCUCCAGGAAAGCGAGGUUCUGCUGGCCCCGCUGGUCCUGAAGGCAGACAGGGAGAGAAGGGUGCCAAGGGAGAAGCCGGUGCUGAGGGACCAGUGGGCAAAACUGGCCCUGUGGGUCCCCAGGGACCUCCUGGAAAGGCUGGUGCCGAGGGGUUACGUGGUAUCCCUGGACCUGUGGGCGAGCAGGGACUUCCUGGUGCCUCUGGCCAAGAUGGUCCUCCUGGGCCGUUGGGUCCUCCUGGUCUUCCUGGCUUGAAAGGUGACCCUGGUUCUAAGGGUGAGAAGGGUCAUCCAGGUCUGAUUGGUCUUGUUGGUCCUCCCGGUGAACCAGGAGAGAAGGGUGACAGGGGAUUGCAGGGACCUCAGGGACUGGGUGGAGGCAAGGGUGAUGUUGGUCUUCUUGGUUCUCCUGGCCCACUUGGUCCCCCAGGUCCUCCUGGUAUUCCUGGCACACAAGGACAGAAAGGAUCCAAAGGAUCAUUGGGUUCAGCUGGCCAGAAGGGAGAACCUGGGUUGAUGGGACCACCAGGUCCACCGGGUCCCGCUGGUGACAUCAUCCAGUCCCUCCCUAUCCAGGCAAACAAAAAAUCAAAGAGGUCAGCCGAUGUGCAGGAUGACGAAGCAGCGGGUUUGACGGACUAUGGCAUGGAGGGAAUGGAGGAUGUGUUUGGCUCUCUCAACAACCUAAAGCAGGACAUCGAACGUAUGAAGUUCCCAUUGGGAACCCAGGACAACCCAGCCAGAACCUGCAAAGACCUCCAGCUCAGCCAGCCAGAUUUCCCAGAUGGAGUAUACUGGAUCGAUCCCAAUAUGGGAUGCACAGGAGAUACCUUCAAAGUGUACUGUAAUUUCACAGCAGGAGGAGAAACUUGCAUCAACCCCGAUAAGAAAUCCUCAGGGGUUAGAAUAUCAAACUGGCCAAAGGAGGCCCCAGGAUCUUGGUUCAGUGAAUUCAAGCGUGGAAAAAUCCUGUCUUAUGUGGAUGUCGAAGAGAACUCGAUCAGCUCAGUCCAGAUGACGUUCCUCAAGUUGCUCAGCUCUUCUGCCCGGCAGAACUUCACUUACAUUUGCCAUCAGUCGGUGGCUUGGUAUGAUGCCAAAGCAGACAACUAUGACAAGGCGCUGCGUUUCCUAGGCUCCAAUGACGAGGAAAUGUCCUACGACAACAACCCCUUCAUCAAGGCUCUUUCAGACGGCUGCUCGACAAAGCAGGGAUAUUCGAAAUCUGUGAUGGAAAUUAACACUCCUCGCAUCGACCAGGUGCCCAUCAUCGACGUCAUGUUGAAUGACUUUGGGGAAUCCAAUCAAAGGUUUGGUUUUGAGGUAGGCCCUGUCUGCUUCCUCGGCUAAAGGACACCCUUUACCGUCAUGGCAAAGGUCAAGGAGUGUGGCCAGCCAAGAGCCCCCCUACCCCUGGCAUCAGCCACCCACCCCUUCCUCGCGCCACAAACACAUCAGCUCCCUCACUGCGUAUUUUGAAAUGUUUGAAUGCCCCGUUUGAACAUUUGAAAACCGUUAUUGGAAUAAAAUUGUGAGAGAGGACUUGAACUGCCUGGUGGACAGUGGCGCACAUUCAGGGGAAGGAGGUCCAUUGCUUCAUCUUCUCACCACACUAUCCAGCCUAGAACCAGUAGGAUUUUUCCCAAACCCCCAAAUUGUUAUUCACCACUUUAUUGUCUUACACCUUGUUUUCAACCUUGAUCUCAGCACCACUUCUUUUAAAAUACCCACGCAGUCCUUAAUCUGUAUUCCUUAUGGAUCGUAUUCCUCUUGGUGCUGCUCUGAGAAAGACAACCACAGCGGUGUGCUCUUGUGGUAAACUUCCAAACACUUACGGUGCUAUAAAAGUGCAUUUUUGGUAAAACUGUAAUUAUUAUUUUGUACAAUACUGUUCUUUCUCAAUUUCCUUUUUAAAUCUUGCAUGUAUCAAAAUUGAUGUUAAGAAAUUUUAGUAUCUAUAAAGAGACUUCGCUAGAUAGCGUUUUUGUUUUUAUUUUAUUUUUUUCCAAGCAGCAUUACUUACAAGAUGUCAAUCCAAGUGUCUAUAAAAUAACUAUAAAAUAAAAUACGCAUUCAAACCAUCUAUAUUUGUAAUUAUAAAGUAUCCCUUUUGUAAAUAUCGGCCCAUUUAAGCACUAUGAGCUUCCACUCUAUCCAGGAAUAUAUGGGCAUUCAGUCAUGUGUCUAAUGUAGAAUGAAGGAUUGAACUGAAAGUCAGUUUUCUUACUUUCUCUUACUGAAGUCUGCAGAUUUCCACCGGCUUUUGACGUUCACAAAUGAUGCGGUGGGAAUCAAUGACUCUCUCUCAACGAUGCAAAAGAAACUUGAUGAAGAGUAACUUGAUGUUAAAUUAAAUAUCUUCACAGUAUACCUCAGUCUUUUGAAGGGAGUGUCAGAUUCGAAGAUGUUCAACCCUGUACAUACAGAGCCUUGGUUGGAUAAUCAAGUUGAUAUAUCUGCAGGGGAUUUUAAAAAUAAAAAAGGCUAUUUGUUA